AUGGAAGAAUACGGAGAAGUUUAUUGCUCCGUGGAGAAGUGGUGCACGCUGGUCAGCCAGUUAAACGCCAGGCAACGAACGCGGCUACGUGGCACCAGCUUGCAGAAUUUUUUGCAGAUACCUAGCAUGCAAAUGCGAAAGUGUUUGCUUAAAUACAUCAUUCAAAAAUAUGACCCGAUUAAAAAAAGAUUCGUGUUGCGUCCGACAAAAGGUGGCAUAUCCUUGCGGACGGAUGAUGUCUUUCAUAUUUUUGGCCUUGUGAAUAAGGGCAAAGAUGUUAUGAAGGCAUUAGGUAAAAUGGACGAGUACGUGAAGGAAAUGGUUCCUUCUAAGUUCGUAGACGCGCGAAGUGGAGAAAUAGUGAUCGAUCAGUUGAUCAACAACAUAGUUUCGAGUGGGACGUAUGAUGACGACUUUGUGCGGCGAGCGGUAUUAGUCCUCAUUGGCACAAUAAUAGCACCGCACUCCACCAGACAUGUUCCACAUUUUCUUUACCAGUUGGUGGAGGACGUCGAAGCCAUAAAAUCAUAUAACUGGAAUGCGUUCACGUUACGCGUCUGCAUUGAAGGAAUCACAAAGACUAUUAAAGAUGUUAAAAAAUUCAAGUGGCCUGUUGGAAAUCUGGCGCUCAUCCAGUACAUGUACUGGGAGAAGGUGCAACCAACUUUAGUAGAAACAUUCGAUCCUUUGUUGUCGGAGUACCCAUUGAUGGUAAAUUGGUCCGAAAUGGAGGCUAAGAAGCGUGACAUAUAUGACAACGAGAACGACCGUGGUCAUGGCACGAUUGAUGAUUUAAUAAGCGAACAAUAUAGACAUGCCAGAAUAGCAAAAGAAGCAAUAAUCGAAGAGGAAGAUACCGAGCCACCUUCACCUAAAGGUGGAGGCAGAACUAGAAAAGGUUGUAAGCCCACAGCUUCAUCGAGCAGAGGCGGUACGAAAGAACACUUCAUGAAAUGCAUAAGAGAUAUGCAGAAAGAGAUACGUCUAAUUCCUGAGAAAUGUGCUGAGAUAUUGCUCAACAAGCUAAGUAAGAAGGGUUUGCUGGUGAAGCGAAGUUGGGACUUCCGUGAUGACCGCGCUUUUGAGGACGAAAGUGAUGAGUUGGUGAGAAAGUACAAGCCAAAGUAUCAUACGGAAGUUACUUCAUCUCCUUUGGAAGAACGCGAGGAGGAGGAGAUGGAUGCAUCCUUCACGGGUCCAAAUGGUACGAACUUUCCCAAUGACGAAGGCAUGCCCAGUACACCUGGUAAAGGUGUUGAAAACGACCCCUUUAUUAUUGAGGAUAAUGGUUCACCCAAGGAAGCAUCACCAUCAUUAGGCACGAAUGAUUUUCCUUCUCUUACUAGAAACCCACAGAAAGAAAAUGCAGUAUCAGUCGGGUCUAGUGCUGAAAAUUCAGCGGAAGGUACUUACCCUAGUCCGGAAACAAUCUGUAAGGACGCGAUUAAUAAUGGGACUGAGGAGCAUGAUGGGAAGCGGAAACGCCAACAGUCAAAGUAUUGUCGGUCCCCCUUUAUUAUUGAGGACGGUCCACACAAACGUGUGAAAAAAAGUCUGUUUCGUAUGCGUGAUGUUCUCCUUAGUACGGACUUUAUGGAUGAGAAUCAGAUAGAGGGGGCGAGGAUUUAUAUCGACACGCUAGCAGACUCGCCGAAGCAUUGUAAGCAGACUGUGGUCCACAUGACGAGAAUAGGUGGGGAAACGUGUACGGCGGAAAUGCUUCAAGCUAUCACUUCGGGCGACUGGUUGAAUGGCGCUGUCAUCAAUUGUUAUUCGAACCACUUGCUGACUACUACUCCUAUGGCUGAUCGGCAUGUUCUAACAUCAUGGGUGUCAUACUGCCUCAUACAGCGCGCUAAAGGAAAGCUGAAAAACUCGAACAUGAACUACAUGGAAUUUUUCACGAAAGAAUCAAAAACUGUGUCAAGAGUAAUUGACGAGUACUUCGCAAAAGAUAAGGCAUUUUUCCCUCUGAAUGUGAACAAGAAUCAUUGGAUAACCAUUGUCAUGCACACGAAGAAGAAAGAGUUUCAAGUUCUAAAUUCUACUGGUAAAAUAAGCAAGGCAGUUCAUGCGAAGAUUGCUUUGAUGAGGGCAGAAAUUGCUGUAGAUACAAAUCAGGUCAACUCUGCUAUAGGUACACAUCAUCCAGAUGUGUCUAAAUGGCCAAUAAAGGAGUACAAAAUGCCGAGACAAAGUGACGGAGUGUCUUGCGGACUUUUCGUGAUGAAAUGCAUCGAACUCUGGGACGGGGAUGCCUUCAGACAUGACUUUGACCAGGACGAGAUCAAUUCUUCAAGGGGACGCAUUCUCGCGGAAAUACUUUUUUCAGAGAGCAACACACUGACUAAGGUGAAGGAGAAGAUUCUGAAAAUUAUGGAGAAGGAAUAA